CCGGGAUGCUGAAGACUCCAGGGAAAGCUCCGGGCCUGAGAGCUCCUCCCCAGCAGGGCACGGGAUCCCGGGAGAAACGAGGACACAGUCUGAAUGUGGGCAGAGCAGUGCCAGUACGCUGACUAAGCAUCAGCGCAUGCAUAGCAGGGAACAGCUCUACCACUGUGCUGACUGCGGCAAGGGCUUUUCACAGAUUUCAUGCCUGAGAAGACACCAGCGCACACACACUGGGGAGCGGCCAUACAGCUGUGCUGAUUGUGGCAAGGGCUUUUCACGGAUUGCACACCUGAAAAUACACCAGCGCCUACACACUGGGGAGCGGCCAUACACCUGUGCUGACUGUGGCAAGGGCUUUUCACAGAUUGUACACCUGAAAAUACACCAGUGCACGCACACAGGGGAGUGGCCAUACACCUGUGCUGACUGCGGCAAGGGCUUUUCACAGAUUGCACACCUGAAAAUACACCAGCGCACACACACAGGGGAGCGGCCAUACACCUGUGCUGACUGCGGCAAGGGCUUUUCACAGAUUGCACACCUGAAAAUACACCAGCGCAUACACACUGGGGAGCGGCCAUACAGCUGUGCUGACUGCGGCAGGGGCUUUUCACAGAUUUCAGCCCUGAGAAGACACCAGCGCAUACACACUGGGGAGCGGCCAUACAGCUGUGCUGACUGCGGCAAGAGCUUUUCACAGAUUUCAUACCUGAAAAUACACCAGCGCAUGCACACUGGGGAGCGGCCAUAAAGCUGUGCUGAUUGUGCCAAGGUCUUAUCACGGAUUUCAGACCUGAAAAUACACCAGCGCACGCACACUGGGGAGCGGCCAUACACCUGUGCUGAUUGCGGCAAGAGCUUUUCACAGAUUUCAAUCCUGAGAAGACACCAGCGCAUACACACUGGGGAGCUGCCAUACAGCUGUGCUGAUUGUGCCAAGGUCUUUUCACAGAUUGCACACCUGAAAAUACACCAGCGCACGCACACAGGGGAGCGGCCGUACAGCUGUGCUGACUGCGGCAAGAGCUUUUCACAGAUUUCAGACGUGAGAAGACACAAGCGCACACACACCGGGGAGUAGCCAUACAGCUGUGCGGACUGUGACAAGGGCUUUUCACAAUUUUCAUGCCUGAAAAUACACUAGCGCACGCACACAGGGGAGUGACCAUACAGCUGUGCUGAUUGUGGCAAGGGCUUUUUAAAGCUUUCAGACCUGAAAAUACACCAGCGCACGCACACUGGGGAGCGGCCAUACAGCUGUGCUGAUUGUGGCAAGGGCUUUUCACGGAUUUCAGAUCUGAAAAUACAGGAACAAAAAGAUCUGCAUCUUAGCAAACAACAGCAUGAAACCCCUUCUGGCCAAAGUUCAUGUCUCCCCACUCAGCUGAGGAGAGGUUUAUCUCGGAGUCACUCUGAGAAAAAUCCAUUUCAAAGGUGAUUGAACUAUAAAAGAAAGGGCCCAAAACACCCCUUGUUAUCUCUCCCUGUCCAGCUCUCGUUUUCACCUGAGAGGACAAAAAAAAAGAAAGAAAAGAAAACAAAAACAGCUCUUGGACCCCAGGAACUGAUCCGGAGCUGAAAACGUGGUCAGCAAUGCCACUGCAAACCUGUGUUAAGGGACUUCACUUUGAACCACGUCUAGUUUGUUCAGUUUAGUACUAGGAAGUGGUUUUAUAUUUCUUUUUCUUGUCACCAUUUCUCACUUUGAUGUCUCAUCUCUUGUACUCACUUGAAAUCUACCCUUGUGGUUAAAUAAAAUUGGUUUCUUCCUUAA